UGUCAACCAUGUCUGCCACACAACAACGAACGGCCUUGAUAUUUUUUUUUGUCACAUCCUUUAUUGCUUUUCUACUGUAUUCACCUUCUAGUGUCCUUUCUAGCAUUGAAAGCAUAGAAUCCUUCCAGUCGGAAAUCUGCCAUGCCCUUCCCUUUUUAUCGUGCCCUACGGAGCAGACCUUGCUAAUCGUGAAGCCAGAUGGCACUCGACACGAACAACUGAUCAAAAGCUUGUUGUCUGAUUGGCGGUUUCGCAUUGUUGACGAGCGUUCCAAGCAACUGACUCCUGAUGACGUGGAUUGGUGGUAUAGCGACAAACGUCAACGCGAUUAUUAUCCAGCCUUACAACGCUAUUUGACGCGAGGUCCCUGCAAAGCCCUUUUACUGGAGCGCGUAAACGGUAUCCGAAAGUUGAGACAGCUUAUUGGUCCGACAGAUGCACAAGAAGCACGUCGCUCAGCCCCCUACUCCAUUCGAGCCAAAAUUGGUACAGAUAUCCAAGAAAAUGCAGUGCAUGCUAGCGAUUCCCUUCAAGCACUCCAAGAUGAAAAGAAGAUCUUCUGGCCAAAUGAAUAAAACCGAAAAAAUAGGUUUUACUUGUGGUCCUUUCAUCAUUAUUGCGUGACCUAGUGAAGGAAUUCAAAUUAAGGUCACAACAAAGGCUGCAAGCUCUAAUUGUGUUUUGCAAAAGUGUAGCCAGGUACAUCAUAUGGAUGUUGAGCACCGUCAUUGUGCUGCCAUACGUAAAGGAUAGUCUCGUGACAGGUAUUUAUAAUUUCCCGUCCCCACUCGGUUAGUAUAGUAAAUUGUCACCUACCAUUUUCUGUGCAUCAGUUUAAAUGCAGUUUAUUGCACAUUUUGACAUCCUUGGCGCGCUGGAUAAUGGAAAAUGAGCAAAAGUAUAAAAAAGAUUUUGGCCUCCAAGUUGGCGGACUUUUAUCAGCUCAAGGUUGCGAGUGAGAAUGACACAUAAAUUGUCAGAAUCAGUUGUUCAUCGGUCUUGAGUCUGCAAAGAAAUAGUAACAAUGGAAUGAUGCUAAUGCGAUGCACAUCAUGCGAUAUAGAAAGG